GGUUCAGGCUUCAAAAACAAAAGCCAGGAUGUGAUGCCUGGGUUGCCUGCAAUGGACAUACUCCUUUUGAACCCGAGACAUCGAUAGUCAUGCACUGAGGAUGGACUGGGCAAAUGAGGACACAUUAUCACAGCAAAGGACAUUUGAGUCUACCAAUAUGAAUGAUGAAGAUGUUACUCCACCUUUGCUUAAUCUGUGAAGGCCCGGAUACACCAGUUCAGAGGCUCACACAGGCAACUCCAAAGGGCUACUCUACGUUUUUGAAACAUCCAGAAGCAGUCAAAAAUGCUACAUUUGUUGAAUGUAUGAAGGAGGCUCAAAAGGAAGGAAAACUGAGGUACCACUUGAAGUGUAAAAAUGAUCUGUACAACAACUUUGUUGAGAUCACUAAGAAGUCAGCUCAAGUAUCAAAGGCAGAGAAAGAGUCAUCAAAGUUGAAGAGAAGACACACUUUCUCUGAAUUCAAUGCAUCUACUGCCUGUAGUUCUACAAGUUCACAGUCAGUUCACCUCCUGUAUAAGGAUGUAUGCAUUCUUUGCAACCAACCCGCUCAGCUCUACAAAACUAAUCCAGCAGAAACUAGAAAGAAAUAUAGAGUACCAGAUAAUUUGACUCCAGAUAAACUGAAGGCAAGCUUGGUGAAGACAGCACAGAGUUGCGGGGAUGACUGGGGCACUGAAGUCAUUGGACGCCUGGAAGGGAUCAACGACUUGGUAGCAGAAGAAAGUGGUUUUUUGAGAGAGGUGAGCAUUAUUCCAAGAAGAGGAAAGAAAAAGGAAGAGAGGACAGAGGAAAAUUGAUAAGGAGCGAGAUGCAGUUUUUUAGUGAAUUCUGUGAAUGGUUUGACUCAGAAUUAGAACAUGGGGUGAUGAUGCUUGACCAAGACCACAAAAAACUGCAGGAGUUUGAUCAGUCA